AGACGGAAGGCCAGCGCUAGGCAACCUCUGUGGCCGACAGAGAACGUCUCCGCCUUCCCUGGUGACUUGCGGUUCCGUGAGGACCCCAAACUGGCGCGCAUGCGCAUGAGGCUCCCGAUGCUUCUGCCCGUGCUGCUGCCGCUGCUCCUGGGGUCGUGCGGGGCCACGAGAGCCCUUAGCUACGACCCCACGUGGGAGUCUCUGGACAGCCGCCCGCUGCCAGCCUGGUUUGACCAGGCCAAGUUCGGCAUCUUCAUCCACUGGGGAGUGUUCUCCGUGCCCAGCUUUGGUAGUGAAUGGUUCUGGUGGUACUGGCAAAAGGAGAAGAGACCCAAGUUUGUGGAAUUUAUGAACAAUAAUUAUCCCCCUGGUUUUAAGUAUGAAGAUUUUGGAGUGCUAUUUACAGCCAAGUUUUUUAAUGCAAGCCAGUGGGCAGAUAUUCUCCAGGCCUCUGGUGCCAAAUAUGUGGUCUUAACAUCCAAACAUCAUGAAGGCUUUACUCUGUGGGGCUCAGACCGUUCUUGGAAUUGGAACGCAGUCGACGAGGGGCCGAAGAGGGACAUUGUCAAGGAGCUUGAGGUGGCUGUGAGGAACAGGAGCGACUUGCACUUCGGCCUGUACUACUCUCUUUUUGAAUGGUUCCAUCCACUCUUUCUGGAGGAUAAUUCCACCUUGUUCCAAAAGCAGCGAUUUCCCAUUUCUAAGACGUUGCCUGAGCUCUAUGACUUGGUGAACAGGUACCGGCCUGAAGUCCUGUGGUCAGACGGAGAUGGGGACGCGCCAGAUCACUACUGGAACAGCACUGGCUUCUUAGCUUGGCUGUACAAUGAAAGCCCAGUUCGGGACACAGUAGUCACCAAUGACCGCUGGGGAGCCGGUUCUAUCUGCAAACAUGGUGGCUACUAUACUUGCAGUGACCGUUACAAUCCCGGAUAUCUCUUACCACACAAAUGGGAAAACUGCAUGACAAUAGAUAAGUUCUCCUGGGGCUACAGGCGGGAAGCUGAAAUUGGUGAUUAUCUUACAAUUGAAGAGUUGGUGAAGCAACUUGUGGAAACAGUCGCGUGUGGAGGAAAUCUUUUGAUGAAUAUUGGUCCCACAGUAGACGGCAUGAUCCCUGUCAUUUUUGAGGAGCGCUUAAGGCAAAUGGGAACCUGGCUGAAAGUCAACGGGGAAGCUAUUUAUGAAACAUACACUUGGAGGUCUCAGAAUGACACGGUCACUCCUGAUGUGUGGUACACAUCUAAACCUGAGAAGAAAUUAGUCUAUGCUAUUUUUCUUAAAUGGCCCAUCUCUGGAAAGCUGUUCCUUGGACAACCCAUAGGUAGUCUGGGGGAAACCAAGGUAGAACUGCUGGGCCACGGACAGCCACUGACUUGGAUGUCUUCAAAGCCAAAUGGCAUUACAGUGCAGUUGCCUCUGCUAAGUGUUCAUCAGAUGCCCUGUAAAUGGGGAUGGACUCUUGUACUAAGUAAUGUGAUUUAACCUGCUGCUGCUGAAAGAUGUAUGCAUUGGUACCUCUAACCAUGGGAAAUGGCGGGCUUGGGUUUUUUUGUUUUUUUUUGUUUUUUUUUUUUUUAAGUAAUGCUAAAGAAGUCAGAGUAAAAUGAUAUGAAACCUGAAGUCAUUAGGCAAUGCAGCUUCCUUUUUCAUUCUUCCUAAAUUCUUUCCUAAACUGCUCGUGUUACCAUUUGACCAUGCAUUCCUCCAAAGUCUCUUCCUACUGAAUCUGUCUCACAUGUC